AUGAAGAAAUGCGAAUGUCCAUUUGAUUUGAGGGUAUUCAAGUUGAAAACAAACGAUGAAUGGAUAUUGAAUAUAGUUUACGGGCUGCAUAAUCAUCUAGCUGCAGUGCAUCUCCAAGGACAUUCAUAUGCAGGGAAAUUGUCAACCAAUGAAAAGUCGUUGUUAGUAGAUAUGUCAAAGAGCCUAGUAAGACCAAAAGAGAUACUCAUUACACUCAAACAGAGGGAUGCCCUUAAUAUGAGCACAAUGAAGACAGUUUACAAUGUACGACAUCGAUGUAAGGUUCUACAGAAAGCUGGUAGAUCCCAGAUGCAACAACUGCUGGGUGAAUUAGCGAAACAUAAGUACAUUGAGCGUCAUCGAUGUGAGGAAGGCUCUAUGACUGUCACGGACUUGUUUUGGGCAUAUCCAGUGAGUUUGGAUUUGCUUCGUACAUUCCCUUGUGUGAUUAUAGAUGGCACAUAUAAGACGAAUAGAUAUCAACUUUCUCUUCUUGAAAUUAUGGGAGUGACAUCAACUCAUAUGACAUUCUCCGUGGCUAUCACAUACUUGCAAACCGAGCGGGUUGAUAAUUAUGCAUGGGUGUUACAAACAUUGCGUGAUCUUGUGGACGACGGUGUUUUACCUGAAGUCAUUGUCACAGACAGAGAGCUUGCUUUGAUGAAUCCAUUGACAACACCUUUCCAAAUGUUGGACAUUUGUUAUGUCGUUGGCAUAUUAAUAAGAAUGUAUUAA